AUGGAGAAGCUGCAGGCAAUGUUGGACGCGGCCGAGCGGAGGAGGUCCGACGUCGGGGGGUCCAAAUGUGGAUGGAGCAAAACGGCCGCGACCUCACCAGGUGAUUCUCGCAUCGGGGUAAAGGCCGAGAGAAGAGGCGGCUCCCCGCCGCGUGACCUGCCCCGUGUACAGAGUUCUCCCACUUCUGCUGACGACAGCCCCAACUCCGGCGAAACGGACAGGGACAGCUCUGGAAGCGCGAAGCCACUGACGGACGGGGAGAUGAACGCGCUAGCCGCCAAAAUACUGAAAGCCGAGCUGAACGGCGACGACGAUGUGGUGGCGACGCUGCAGCGGCAGCUGGACGCGGCGCGGCGGCUGCGCGCCACCGUCGGGCCGAGCCGCGCCGCCGCUGAGCAGGUGGUGAUCGUCGUCGGCAAGGGGACGCGUGCGCCGACCAGCGAACGGCCCUCGAAGCGGCAGAAGCCGGACACGCACCGCGGCGCCGAGCGCACCAAGUACUUCGCCGACGACGACCGGCUGCAGCUGCGCGACAUGUUCGAGCCCUGGUUGGACCUGGACGAGGACGCCUGGGAGGAGGUACAACGGUUCCGCGCUGCGCUCGUGGCCAUGUUCGCCACCAUGGAGCAGGACGUGGUGUUCUUCGAGAGCGCGGUGAAGCUACGCACGUACCCGCACGCGGUGCUGCAGGCGGUGCCGGUGCCGGCGGAAAGCGGCGACCUGGCGCCGAUCUACUUCAAGAAGGCGCUGGAGGAGAGCGAGACCGAGUGGAGCCAGAACAAGAAGGUGGUGGACCUGCGUGGUCGUGAUGUGCGCAGAGCUGUGCCAAAGGGCUUGCCGUACUUCUUCGUGGACUUCGGACUGCAGCCCGGCUUCGCCCACGUGGUGGAGGACGAGGAGCUGUUUCCGGCCACAUUCGCGGAGGAGGUUAUCGGUGGCAUGCUGGAACUGGAGCCCUCAGCGUGGAGGCGAUCGCGAAAUGAGUCCCUCGAUGAACAACGGAAGAAAGUCAUGGAGUUCUUCGAAGCACUGGGGGCCGCAUGACUUUACAAAAAACGAGUGAUCUGGUUGCAUGCACAGGAUAAAAAAAAUGUGAGAAACGCAGAUAUUUGCG